GUGCCCUCAAGAAAAGGCUUGGAAUGUGUGGGCGGCUACGCCACCAUUGCUCACGGUCACAGGGUUCCUACAGCAUAUAUCUAUGUCCGUUCCUGCAUCUCCUCACGGCCACGGACCUGGGAACCUACUAGCUACCAAGCUCAACGCCAUCAACGCCCGUGCGUGCACGUACGAGGACACCGGCGGCGAGGUCAGCCUCAUCGACGCCACCGGCAAUAAUGGCGGCGAGCAGGCAAGCACCGGCGGCGGCGGAGAACGUGGACCCCGUCUACGAGUGGCUCGACGACGGCGACAGCUACCUCCUCAACCUCAACCUCCCAGAGUUCAAGAAGGAGGAUUUCCGGGUGCACGUGGACGGCGAGGGCCGGCUCACCGUCAUCGGCCAGCGGAGGCCCGCGCCCGGGGCCGGCGGCGGGGCCAAGGCGGUGCGGCUCCACAAGGCGUUCCAGCUGCCCAACACGGCCAACCUCGACGGCGUCUCCGGCCGCUUCGAUGGCACCGUGCUCACGAUCAGAGUGCCCAAGCUGCAGCAGGAGCAAGAGCAACAACCCGCCGCGACGCCGCUGCCUCCUCCAUCGACGCAGGCAAAGGAGGAGGCGCGAGUCCCCGGCGGUGGUAAGCCAGCUGCUGCUCUAGAUGACAGGGCGGCGAAGCAGGUUGGCCGUGAUGAGGCGGAGACGGAGCAGCGGAGGACGAUCGAGGCGGCGGAGAGGGCGAGCUUGACGGCGGCACGCAAAGAGGAAGACGACAAGGCCGCCAAGGCCAAGCCCGUGGCGCCGCCGCCCCCGUCACAGCAGCAGCCGAGGGAGGAGAAGGUGGCGAGGGGCGGAGACCGUCGAGACGAUGAGGACGAGAAGGCGAGGGCCGAGCACAAGGAGAAGGUCGCCCGCGAGGCCGAGCGCAGGAUCGAGGCGGCGCGGGCGAGGGUGGCGGAGGCCAAGGCGAAGGCGGAGCGGGAGCGGCAGUGCGAGCACUGGAAGGAGCGCGCGGUGGAGGAGGGGCUCAAGCUGGCGGACGCGGUCAGCAAGAAGACGGAGGUGAUCGCCACGGCCGUCGCUGCCUUCACGCUCGGCGUCUUCGUCUCCCACAAGCUCUUCUCCAGGAGUUGAUCCAUCAACCCAUCCAUGAAUGGAUGAUCAAACGACAACAGAGAGAUCGAGCACGUCGGCUUAAUCAUUUACGUGCAGGGCGCCAGGGCUUCAAUUCAAGCCUUCUUCAGCGCCUUCACACUGUCGAUUGUACUACUAUAUACAGAGAAGAAAAGUGCAGGUAGCAUCAUUGUACAUACAAACAAAUUGUAAUCGUGGCAAGGUUGACAUGCACAGAUACUGAUGAUCGACCAACCAAUGUACGCAUUCAGCUUCUUAGAGAACUAUCUACUUUAUUUGA